AUGCCUGUCCAAAACCCAAUCCAAGAACGGAUAGAUAUCCUCGCUCAGCAGGCCCGUGAGGAUCUCGAUCUCAUCGCUGCCGAGGAAAAUGAAGACCAGGACCUCGAGACUUCUGGGCGCGCCAGUCUAGCUGAUCUAAGUGAGAGAAUAGACUGCCAAUGCCGAGAAGAGGUUAUUCGUUGCUCGGACGCUGCGGAAGCACUAGCAUUGAGACUGGGCGAGGAGGUAGCAGCGCUCACGCGACACUACGAAGCCCAAAUCACCGAGAUGGAAAACUCUUACAAGUUGAGGAACGCGCACCAUAUUUGCGAUCAUCAAGUUAGCGAGAAGGCAUUGCGUUCGGUUCUGGCCCAGGCAAAGAACGGGCUACACUUGCAAAGGGAGCAAGAGAAGGUGGCACGCUGCAUCAUUAGGGGCGUCGAAAGAGGGAAGCACCAAAUUCGGCAGAGCUUUGGUCGCCAUAAAUGCUGUCAGCAUCGUGCGGGCCCUAAUUCAUCCACUCCCGAAAACCGGCUUUUCGAAGUCUGGCACACCCCCUAA